GGCCUAAUUUUAGCCAUGUCAGUUAUGGGAGGCACUGUGAUUACAACAUUUUCCGGACCAGUGUCAGAUCGGCUUGGACGGCGUCCUAUGCUGAUAGUCUCAUCGGUUGUGUAUUUUAUCUGUGGUUUGAUAAUGUUGUGGGCACCCAGUGUCCACGUUCUUCUUUUGGGAAGGCUAUUAGCUGGCUUCGGAAUCGGCCUAGCUGUUACUCUUGUUCCAGUUUACAUAUCUGAGACAGCUCCAACCGAAAUUAGGGGGCAAUUGAAUACCCUUCCUCAGGUCACUGGUUCUGGUGGAAUGUUCUUGUCUUACUGCAUGCUGUUUGGAAUGUCGCUCAUGGACUCACCAAGCUGGAGAUUGAUGCUUGGUAUUCUUUGUAUUCCAUCCCUUAUUUUUUUCGCUUUAACAGUUUUUUACCUGCCUGAAUCUCCACGGUGGCUUGUUAGUAAAGGGCGGAUGAUUGAGGCUGAACAGGUUUUGCAAAGACUACGCGGCAGGGAGGAUGUCACAGGUGAGUUAGCUCUGCUGGUUCAAGGCCUUGGCGUUGGGGCUGAAGCAUCUAUAGAAGAGUACAUAAUUGAUAGCCAGGAAACAGCUGCAGGGAAAGAUGAGAUAAGGUUAUAUGGUCCUGGGGAGGGUCUCUCCUGGGUUGCCAAGCCUCCUGGCAUGGAGUCCCGUCAUGAAAGCAUUCCUCAUGUGGAUCCUCUUGUGACUCUCUUUGGUAGUGUCCAUGAGACGAGAAGCAUGCGCAGCCUGAUUUUUUCAAACAUGGGCAGCACUUCCAACGUCGUAGGAGAGCAUGAUGGUAAAAAUGAAGAACAAUGGGAUGUGGAGAGCCAAAGGGAUGGUGAUCAGAUUCAGGGCUACACAUCUGAUGCGAAUUCUGAUGACAAUUUAACUAGCCCAUUGCUCUCACGUCAAACGACAGAUAUGGAUAAGGACAUGGCUGCUGCAGCAGCAUCUCAUGGCAGCUAUUUAAGCACCGAUGCUGGUGAAGCAGUCAGUCAUGCAGAUAUUGGUGGCGGUUGGCAACUGGUGUGGAAAUGGUCUGAGAAAGUGGGUGAAGAUGGGAAAAAGGAAGGAGGAUUUCAAAGAAUUUAUUUGCACCAGGAGGCUGCCACUGGGUCUCGGCAUGUCUCACUUCCUGGUGGUGCGAUGGCUGAAGAAGGUGAAUUUUUUCAGGCUGCUGCUUUGGUUAGCCAGCCAGCUCUUUCUUCCAUGGCUUUAGUUAGUCGGCAUUCAAUUGGACCAGCAAUGGAUCACGCACCGGAAACUGUUGCUAAAGGGACAAGUAAUUGGAGUAAUCUUCUAGAACCAGGAAUUAAGCGUGCAUUGUUUGUUGGGGUAGGACUUCAAAUGCUUCAGCAGAUUUCUGGCAUAAAUGGGCUUCUCUACUAUGGUCCUCAGAUUCUUGAGCAAGCAGGUGUUGCAGUUCUUUUAUCAAAUAUGGGCAUCGGUUCCGCCUCUUCAUCUCUCCUGAUAAGUUGUCUCACAACAUUCUUGAUGCUUCCUUGCAUAACUCUUGCCAUGAGGCUAAUGGAUAUCACUGGCAGAAGGUCGCUGCUGCUGUACACAAUACCAAUCCUAAUAGUGUCACUCAUUGCAAUAGUGUUUAGCAGCGUUGUCAACAUGGGCUCUGUGGUAAAUGCAACAAUCUCCACCAUUGGUGUGGUGGUCUACACCUCCGUCUUCGUCAUGGCCUUUGGUGUAAUUCCCAACAUCCUUUGCUCAGAGUUCUUCCCAACUCGUGUUCGUGGCCUUUGCAUUGCUAUCUGCUCUCUGACGUAUUGGAUUGGAAACAUCAUGGUUACCUACUCUACUCCUCUUAUGCUCAACUCCAUUGGCCUCGCUGGUGUCUUCAGUAUCUACGUUAUUGGAUGCAUCAUUUCAUGGAUAUUUGUCUACUCGAAGGUUCCUGAAACCAAGGGCAUGCCUCUAGAAGUCAUUUGUGAGUUCUUUGCUGCGGGUGCCAAGCAGCCUGCUGAUGCUAAUUAA